UUGUGAAGCAACCUGUUGAUGGUGUCCUCGGUGUCCUGUCGCGCUCUGACCGCCAGAGGGCGCUUCAUCCGCACGCGGGGGCCGUUGUGCAACACUGAAAACCUUCCGCCGGUGGAUUUGUGCAACAGUGGAGCGGCGGCUGCGCGCACCAUGUCGGGCAGAAAGCCUCGCAGCGUGGCGAAUCCCCUGGAGUCCGCGAUCACCACACCGAGCGAGAGGAUACUGAAAGAAUGCCACACGUUGUAUGUCGACAGCGAGAACGGCCUGGUGAAGAUUGCAAGCAGCCUUGGAUUCCGACUCCUUCCUCCCAGAAAAAAGAUCAUCGUGAUGAUAAUGGGUAACCACUCUGCAGGGAAGAGCUCCUUCAUUAACUGGUAUGCUGAGGAGCACAUACAGAAAGCCGGCGUCGCCAUUGAAACACAAGGGUUUACGUUCGUCACAAGUGGUCGCAAAAGAGAAUCACUGACGGGGAAUGCGACGCUGCAUCUCUAUCCUCACUUUCGACCACUCCUUGAGUUCAAAGGUGUAAUGGACUAUCUCUCUGCCGAGAUCUCCACCUCCAAGCAGAAGAAGUUCAAUUUGGUGACAUUUGUGGACACACCGGGUUUGGUGGACGGAGACAUGGUCUACCCUUUUGAUGUCAACAGCGCCAUCACGUGGUUGGGUAUGUCUUUGCAGCUGUUCCUUGUACCAUCUUCUCCACAGCUGCUGUGUUUCUCCAACAGAUAUUUGUUUGAUUUCUUUUGUGCAGGAGAACAGGCCGACUUGGUAUUCGUGUUCUUUGACCCAAUGGGCCAGGCGCUCUGCAAACGCACACUCAACAUCGUGGAGAAGCUGAGUGAGAAAUGCGGAGACAAGCUGUUGUUCUAUCUGAGCAAAGCAGAUGCAGCUGGCAACGAAACAGACAGACAGAGGGUGAUGAUGCAGAUAGUCCAGGAGCUAUGUCGCCGUCCAGGUCUCAACAAAUGUGGUUUUGAGAUGCCCACGAUAUACAUCCCCAACCCACAGAGGCCGAGCCGCUGUGUGAACCAGAUCGACGGGGUGUGUCAGACGAUCGAGAAGACCAUCAACCAGGCCGUUCAAAAGACUCUGGAUCAGCUGGAGAAAGACUGUGACCUUAUUUGUUCCACCAUCAGCAGCCGACAAGAGCAGGACAGGGCUGAUGAGGCUCACAACAGAAGCGUCCGUCUUCAUUCGCUCGUGUGUGGCGCUCUGGGCAUCGUCCUCCCAGUUCUCUUUGUCCUCAGUUUCAUUGUGAAUACGUUCUCCAAAGAUCAGCUAGAUCAGCUGCUGGGUGAAGGACCGGCCCGGACCCUCUUCGUAUUCACAGGAAUAGUGAUGUAUUUAUGGGACUGGAUACCAGAGGAUGGACAAGUUGUGUUUGUCAUCAUUUUCGGAGCUUUUUGCUACCUCCUGCUUUUCCUGUCAAAGUAUUUUGCAGGCCGCGGUAAUAAGACUAUGACGAAGAAAGAGAAGAGGACGAUGGCAGAGUACAGUGAUUAUAUCCAGGAUAUCGUCAAAACUAAGAAGGGGAGCCUGUACGAGUCGUACCUCCAGCAGUGUGCAGCGGAAUAUGACUUCUGACCCCGGGUCAGACCAGCACAGUUUUCACGCAUCUUUGGAUGUUUUUGUUUUGUUGUGUUUUUGACUCGGUGGGACUUUGUAGGCAGAUGACGAUCCACCAGCUGAUCGGGUUUCUCUCCUCAGUCAGACACGUGCAACCUCAAAAUGCAGCCAGUAUCUCUAACAACAUUUAUCAUCUCAAGAGCUUCCAUUAAAGAUGAAGUGCCUUUGUUAGUUUGUACCGGAGAAGCAACAAGCAAUUGUUAGUCGUUUGAUGACAAUAAUGAAAUACUGUGAAUCAUUUCUUUUGUUCAGCUGUUACGUGAAAGGUGAUGCCAGAGAGAAGAGUUUACACCUUUUUCUCCCGUAAUUUGUCCUUAUGGUGUCCUUGCACUGAUGAGUACGUCUUACUUGUUGAACUCUGAACCCUUCAUUCUGUCAAUGGAUCUUUGUAUCUUAGUUUUACAGUAUGACUACACCAUGAAAUGCCUUCACUCCAGCUUUUAUAGAUAUAUUUAUUGCUCUUCUCAGUACUUUUACCCAAAUAAUGUUGAAAAACCUCAACGGGCUGUUUGCAAUAUAAUUGUGAACAUUGUUCCAGUUUGUAGUGUGCGUGCUAGAUGUCUUGCAGGUAUUGUCUGCAUUAGGAAAAAUCUUUAUGAAAUAUUUCAUUUAAAAAUGUGUGAAACUUUCAGGGUGUGUUUUUAUCUAUUUUAUGUAACCUUUCCCAGAAUAUUUUUAUUGGAUGAAAGCUUAUCUUGUCUCAAAGAAUGAAAGUCCUGCAAACUAAAUUCCUAGAAAGUGAUUAAACAUUUUCUACUGACUUUGACUUUA